AUGUCUAAUCGCUCGGACAUCCCCUCUGAGGAGUUGACAGAGUACUAUGAAGACAUUCCAGCCCAUUGGCCCCCAAUGCCACCGACCCCAUUCUUGGGAUCCAGCCCUUACUGCACAGAGCCUCUAGCCCAGUCUAGCUUCCUGACACCAGUCAGUCUUCCGGGUGGCUCGUUUAAUCCCAGCCCAGCAAUCAGUCACCACUCCCAAGGCUACCACACACAAGAUUACCAAUACAACUUUAAUGAUCCCCUCUCAGCACCAUUGGGUCUUGGUAUCUCUGCGCCCUUCCCGAAUGAUUUCCCCCGCUCCUCAGCUCCCAGUCCCGCCUACCUGUAUGCUACGGACCCAAGCGGCAUCCCGCAUAGCGUGGAACAGACGCCUAGCCCGUCGCCCCAGGGUCCACCCCCAGCCAAGCGCGCCAAACUUCCAUCCUCGGAGACGCCCUCGCUCGAGAAGGCCAGCCACACACCAAUCAACAUCGCUCCUAAUCCAGAGGGUGUUCUCCGAAUGGAGCAAAAUCGUCAGCAGCACAUCCAGCCAACUUCACACAUACUCCCUAAGAUCCGGGCUCCAGGCCGCGGACGGCGCGACCCACAAGGAGAAGACGAAGACGCAUUCGUUGAAGAACUGCGUGAUAAAGCAACGGCCUGGAAGGUCGUGCGUCAGGAGUUCCGGGAGAGAUUUAAUAAAGAUGCCUCCGAGGCGCGUCUGCAGAUGCGUCUUCAUCGCCGCCUCCGAGAGCGAAUGGUGCGCUGGGAAGAAUCAGAUGUGAGUAUGUACCCCACCCGCAACACAUAG